CAGGGGCGGACUGACCAUUUGGAAACUCGGGCACUGCCCGAGAGCCCGGGGUCAGUAGGGGGCCCCAUGAGAUGCCCCUGGUACCUUUUUCAUAGGCUUUUUUGAGUUUGGGCAAGGACACAGAGGCCCUAUGAUCCCCUAUUGCCCGGGGGCCCCAUGAGUUGUCAGUCUGCCCCUGGGUCUGUCUGAGCUUUUGUGAAUGUAUGAUCCAUGCCUUUUCCCAUGUUGCUAUAUAAGAUGAGGGGGCCCGGGGUCUGUAGGGGGCCCCAUGAGAUGCCCCUGGUACCUUUUUUCAUAGGCUUUUUGAUUUGGCCAAGGACACAGGGGCCCCAUUAUCCCCUAUUGCCCGGAGGCCCC